GCAAAGAAAUAACGAGCUUCCUCCAGUUAAAUGACGUAGUUUGUGCGCGACACCUAUAACCAACGGCAUAGAUGUGGAGACAUGACAAAAUGGGUAGCCUUGAAGUGAAUUUUUAAUCCACUCGUUGUCAUCCCGGACUCUGUAUGAUUUAAAUAGGGUGUUGUUUUUCCCGGGAGGUGGUUUCAACAUUGGCUGAAACAAAGGGAUCAAUGUCUUUUCUUCGUUGGGUGUCUGAGAAAUUGAGUGUGGAGAGCCUGCGGGAUUUGGAGUUAUUUGGAGAGCAAGCUCAGGGACUCUCUCAUGGGGAAGCUCAUGAGGACAGCAGGGAAAGCGUGACGUCCCUUCCGCGUCGAGACACCAUGGGAAGCUUCCUCCCCGACAGCAGUGCCUAUCAGUUACUCGCUAUUAUCGGCCAGGGCCUGGACCACCUGAUGACGGUCAACCAGGCCCGAUACAGACCCACCGGGGAGCACGUGGCCAUACGACGCAUCGACCUGGAGUCGUGUACAAACGAGAUGGUCUCCUGCCUGCAGGCUGAGCUGCACGUGUCCAAGUUGUUUCACCACCCGAGCAUUUUGCCCUACAAGAGCGUUUUCAUCGCCGAGAACGAGUUGUGGGUCAUCACACCCUUGAUGGCGUACGGCUCGGCCAGAGAGCUCGUCAGCACGUACUUUCCUGACGGCAUGAGCGAGCUCGCCAUCGCUUACAUCCUACUGGGCGUCCUCAAAGCUUUGGAGUACAUCCACCAAAUGGGAUAUGUGCACAGGAGUGUGAAGGCCAGUCACGUGCUGAUCGCCGCCGACGGCCAGGUGCGUGUGUCGGGCCUCCGCAGCAUCUUCAGCCUGAUCCGACACGGCCAGCGGGCCAAAGUGGUGCACGACUUCCCGCAGAACAGCACCAAGGUGCUGCCGUGGCUCAGUCCCGAGGUGCUGCAGCAGAACCUGCAGGGCUACGACUUCCGAUCAGACGUCUACAGCCUGGGCAUCACAGCAUGUGAGCUGGCUAAUGGACACGUCCCUUUCAAGGAUAUGCCUGCUACGCAAAUGCUGCUGGAGAAGCUAAACGGGACAGUGCCUUGCUUGCUCGACACCACCACCAUCCCGCCGGAGGAGCUCUCCUUGAAGCCAUCGCGCUCGGGCGCGGACUCGGGGAUCUGUGAAGGGCUGGGAGGUGGCAGCAGUGUCGUUGGCGUCGGGGUCCGCCACUCCAACGGCGAACCAGGUUCCUCCGCGUCAGGACACCCGUAUAACCGCACCUUCUCCCCGCACUUUCAUGCCUUUGUCGAGUUGUGUCUUCAACGGGACCCGGAGAAGAGACCCUGUGCUUCUGCUCUCAUAGGUCAUCCCUUCUUCAAGCAGAUCUCUCAGCUCAAGCGGCGUCCCUCAGAGGUGCUGCCAGAGCUCUUGAGACCCGCAACGCCCAUCGGCAGCGCCGAGAAUUCCCAGCCGCAGCCUUUGCCGUCCGGGCUGGCCAGCGUGGAGUCGGGCCUGAGCCACCUCGAUGUGGAUGACUGGGACUUCUGACGUUGGCAGAGAGCGACAAAGCUUGUCAAGAGUGUAAAUAAAUUGACGUUACUCUUCUCGGAGGUGACGA